ACGCGUACGCGUGCACGGGGCGGAGGUACAUUGAAAAAAUAAAGGACCGUGCUUAUAAUUAUUAGAGAUAAUACGGUACACAGGUGGCCUCCAGGCGCAGGGAUCGCCUUUCUUACAGAGCCGUCGGUGUCUCUUCUGGGCUGUCCUGGUGUACUGUGCUGAGCAUGAGGUAGUUUUUCUCACGAGCAUAAUCCCGAGUGCUCUCUUUGUUAGCUACCAUAGUCCAUAGUACUGCUGACAACUGCUUCCCGUGGUCUGUGGAGAGACACCAGACAACUAGCCCAGGCCAAAGCCGACUUGCGGACCAGCUUGCAGCCGCAAACUCCCAGCGAGUUUUGGACUGCCGAAUAUGUUGGUGCCGCGUAUCCAUAACUGAUCGAGUUGCUGAUGUCAAGAAGGGUGGGUGUUCGCUUUGGCUGGCCCGAUCCGCACGUACCUGGUGUCAGGAUAGCAGUGGUGUGGUUAGUGCAGCAGGAGGAACACAGCCAACACGCACUGGUCUGGGCCUCAGUGACAGUGGCUGGGAUACUGUGAAGCUCUACUCCGACUCCCACUAUCGGACAGAAGUGCAGAGGUUUCGCGUCAGCUCCUGGCAGUUUGGACAACCUCAUGUAAAGGCUGACAUUCAAAGCAACAACUGCACCGGGGAAUUGAUGGUGGUUGCCGCGUGCGCAUGCAUCCAGGAUGGCUUCACUUGUUCAGGUCACAUGCCUUGUUGCUGCCACUCUAGCCUGCUUGGCUGCUGCUCAAGUUGUGCAUUCAGUUCCUACCCUGGACGCAACUAUCUCGACACCUGAUGGACCUGUAUCAGUUACCCUCGGAUCUCAAACCUUUCUCGCAUGCAGUUUCCGCUCGUCAAAUGGAACCUUCACAAUCACGAUAACACACGCCGGAUCACCCGUCGAGUAUCCCGUAAUAAUUUCAACCAAUGCUUCUGGGCCUUCACAGCAGCAGCAAACGGCCAUUAUGCUGGUUGCCAUGGUUUCUCCGGACACCGCCGGUCAGUUUGUGUGCACGGCACGUAACUAUGCCGGUUCUAGCUCGGCUGCGUGGAACGUGCUUGUCGUGCCCAGCGGAAUGGCUAGUGCGGGAACCACGGUCAUGACAGCUUCUGCAAUGCCACUAUCAACAGGCAACAUCACCAAUGGAACAUCCACGUCCACACAGCCUGGAGACGAGACACCGGGCUUGGGAUCGUCGUUUCAACUGGAGAACAGCGCCGUGGUGAUCACUGGCCUCGGAGUGUUCGACGGCGUCCUUUUGCUGAUGGUCAUCUACUUACUGUGCUGCGGCCGACGGCCAGUGUACACACAGAGUGACGAUAGCAAAUUGCAAUCAGUUGGCAAGGAAGUAGAAUCACCACUAGUCAGUGAGUGCUCACCUGCCAACCUAGCUUCACCGAGCCAUGCCGCUCGGCUGCGUGAUGAUGAGAAGCCGUCAGCGACUAAGAGCUCCGGUGCACCGAAAGCCUUGGCCGUACGCCGAUCUGUAUCCAUGCCACUUACUCGAGGCACGGUUGGUCAGGUGUUUGAUACAGCUGCACCAAACCACCAACCCUCGCCCAGUGGCCUGCGCAAGAUAUCGCAGAAGCUGAGCAAAGCUUCAAACUUUUACGAACAACUACAGGAGUCUGAUGAUGCACAGCUAGAGCAAACCGAAGGGCGUCAACAACCAAGGUCCCGAGAAGUCUAUGUGAAUGUAAUGGCCGGCAGUGACAGUGCCAUAUCAGAUUCCGCUGGUGGCCUCGGUGCAACACUUCAAGCCACUGACAGUUUACAAACUGGUGUUGUCAAGUCCAACCCACUGUACCAGUACAGGGACGAAGUCGAAGUGGGUGACGACCAGUUGGGACAAGGCUAUGUGUCGACGUCGUCACACAGGAAGAUCUCUGAGAGAGUACCAGAUUCCAGUGUAUCGAAUAUCACCAAUGCGGGCUACGGCGCUCAGGCUACCAGCAUAUCUACCAUCCAGGUGACUCCGUUCAGAACUAACGCAUCGUCGCAAGUCAGCCUCUCGCCAGCUGGAAACGACGUGUUUUUCACGGCGGCUAAGCUCGGCACGUACCCGAGCACUCCGUCCUAUACGUCCUUCCCAAGUGGCGGCAUGGACUUCUCGGCAAUGGAGAUGCAAGAUGUCGACCAGUGGGCUCAGUCUCGGCAUAUGACAGAUUCUGGUCCCAGGCUGCCACCGCCCGGUCAAGAGCAGCGACAACACUAUGCAUCGCUGCCUGCUGCCAGGUCAGGUCAAGAUGAAGACGGCAAGGGACGCACGGCCAGGAACACGCACACCGAACGGUGAAUGUCGCACACACUGCAAAGCAUACCGCAGCAAUAAUUCUCAUACAACACGCACUACACGUACUAAGCAACGCGCAUCCCCCUGGCCGUCAGGUCAGUGUCACACUGAGUUUGCCGCUAGGAUAUCAUCAAGAGUACGUAACCCCCGGGGGGUUAUGUACUCUUGAUAUCAUGUAACCUGAGGCCCAGUGGUAACAGUCCGUCUUGAGCAAUGGCUAAGGUUUCAUAAACCUGUUGCCAAUGCGGAUAGGCGAAUACAUGUAUUGUUAUAACGUUAAUGCACACACAUGCCAAAUGCAUCUUGAAACGUACACUCCAGAUGACUGUAUUGCAUGCCAUGCUCUGUGUUUUGAAGUUGACAUAGUCACAUUCGCUUGUCCCUGGCUAACGUGCUGGCCGUAUGCACUGUAUAGUUCACAAUUCUUUUCUGUUGUGUCAAAACCACGGCUCAAACGCACACACACACGCCGUCUUAUGGAUACUGUAUGACCUAACGUUAGUGUACUGCCGCAUUUCUUUCAAUUAAUUAUCAUCCAAUCCGUUCUAGAACAUGUCACAAGUAAAGCCAGUUAGUUCCACUCACUUGACUCCUCUUGAAAGUAUUGCAUAACUAAGUUACUUGUAGGCAUACAAGCACCGUGGCAACAUGGCACGAGCUUUGAGUUUGAGCUGCAGACGGACUCAUAACAAUCAUUAUGCGAUGAAUUUGUUAUCCUUUGGCUCCAACUGAUCGCCUUGAUUUUAUGUGUUUUAAAUGUUGGUCAUUUUCAAUCAAA